AUGAAGAUUCUCUUUGAAUUAAAAGGUUGCCCCCGAAUCGUCCGCUACCUCGGUAAUGACCUCACUAUUGAAAAUGAACUGAUCAUCUACAACCUAUUCCUUGAGUACAUCCCUGGCCGCACGCUAGCCGACGUAAUCAAGGCCACACCUCAUGGUUUGCCGGAAUCCAACGUCCGAAGCUACACAAAGUCGAUUCUCCUCGGCCUUAAUUACAUUCACGAGAGAGGAUACGUGCAUUGCGACAUCAAGCCACAGAAUCUUCUCGUCUGCUCUUCUUCAGAAAUCAAGAUUGCUGAUUUUGGGUUGUCGAAGAAGGCCGGAGUGUCGGUGUAUGGUGACAAUCACGUCCGUGGCACGCCCCUUUAUGUCUCUCCCGAAUCUGUGGGCUGGAGUGAGUAUGACCUACCUGUAGAUAUCUGGGCACUAGGGUGUGUGGUCGUCGAGAUGGCGGUGAGGAAGACGGCAUGGGAAUGCCUGAUUAAUGUCAAUACCAGCAAUCUUCUAUUUCAGAUUGGAUUCACUAAGAGGCUGCCGGAGAUUCCCGAGUGCUUGUCCGAGGAGGGGAAGGAUUUCCUGAGUCGGUGUUUUAUUAAGGAUCCCAAAAAGAGAUGGACAGCUAAGAUGUUACUAAAUCAUGCAUUUAUCGUGAAUGAUUUCGUAAGAAAUCAGAUGUUGUCUGCUCACACAAGUUUGAUGCCCCCGACAGAGAAAGAUCUGAAGAAUUAUUGUCCCCCAUGUCUAUGGCUACAGAUGCUUUCCUCUCCACUGGAGGGAGCAGGUUCAGAACGCUUCCCAUUGUUCUCAUGUCCAGAUCUCAGAGUUGCUGAGGCAACUCCUGCAUGUGGCUCUGUUAAUGCUGUAAGACAAAUUGACUACUUGAUCAAUCAUUCUCUGUUAGAUUACCAAGUGGUCCAGUUGGAUGCAUGGAAUUAUGAUUCUCUGAUAGGGAAUGUUAUUGCUUGUGAAACUGAUUGCCUUCUUGGAUUACAUAUGCAUUUUAUUCUGGAAAAUGAAAGUCAGAGAAACAUUUUGAAUCCCAACAUAUUUUCAUAG